ACUUAAUGUUUCUGUCUCUCUGUAGUCUCUAUGGCAAAUGACCUGGCAUGCAAAGGACUGGAUAAGAUAGAAAGGACCCUGCCGAUCCUACACAAGCCAUCUGAUCAGAUCGUCGCCAGUGCUAAAGAGGCAGUGACAGGAGCCAAGGAAGCCGUCAGCGGUACCAUGAACGGUGCCAAGGAGUCUGUCUCCUCCACCCUCAGUGAAGUGACGGACAGGACACGUGGAGCAGUGCAGGAAAGCAUGGAGAAGACCAAGACGGUGGUGAGCGGUGGAGUCCAAACUGUGAUGGAGAGCAGGGUGGUCAAACUGAUGAGCAGCAGCGUGGACACAGCACUGAGCACAUCUGAGACUCUGCUGGAGCAGUACUUACCUGAAACAGAGGAGGAAAGAGGUGAGGAUAAGGGAUGGACCGGGUUUACUGGCACUAGGAUAUUUUGCUGAUAUUUAGAUUGUGCUCAGCUUAAAGUUGUGAUAGAUUUUCUUUCCUAUUGUGCCAUAUAUCCGAGGAAAAUGAUUCCUCAAAUGAGAAAAAAUGUUCAUAAAACGCAUAAAUAUCUAUGCAUAUAUAUAUUGACUCUUACAUAAGCACUUGUGAGAA